AUGAAAGAAAUUAAGAAUGUAGCUGUUACCUACACCGUUUGGGGGAGGAAGCAAUGUCCUAAUAACAGUACUCAGUUGGUUUAUUCUGGCUUUGCUGGAGGCAGUUACUAUUCACAUUCCGGAGCUGCAGUAGACUAUCUCUGCCUGCCUCCCGACCCAAGUUAUCGUAAAACAACAUACAGCGGUCAGUAUGGAAGACUUUAUGGUGCCGAAUAUGACAGCACUUUUAUAGCGAACGGAGACGGAAAUGACGUACCGUGCGCUGUGUGCAGAACAAGUGGAGCUUCUACUAUUCUCAUGAUACCUGGUAAAGAUACAUGUUAUGGAGGGUGGAACAUAGAAUAUUAUGGAUACUUGAUGGCUCAUAAUUACAAUUUUGCUGCAGCAACAUCGUAUGUUUGCUUGCAUAUAAAUCCAGAAUUUGUGACUGGUGGAGGUCAUAACUAUGAGGGAAAACUCUUCCAUCCUGUAAUUGGGAUUUGUGGUGCUCUUCAAUGUCCACCUUACGUCAAUAAUUAUCCAGUGACAUGUGCUGUAUGUUCUAAAUAA